CGAAACUGAGAAUGUUUUAAACUUCGCAGAAGUAAAAAUUGUGCUUGACCGUUGAAUGUUUUUGUAAGCACUGUUAUGUCAUACAGUGAAAUCCACGACCUUUGGUCUACAUCAGUCGUCGUGACGUCAUUUACAUUUUAUCACCGGAGAUCCUGCCUAUAAAAACCGGAACGGUCGCUCAAUCCUCAAUUAGACUGAGAGUCAGUUCGUGCAUUUUGUCAAUUGCAACCUCAAACAGCAAAACAGAUUUUCUGCCAGUUGUAGUGACAUGGGUUCUGUAGACAUUGUGAAUAACCAGAAUGUGGUUGAACGCAUAGUUCACCUUCCUUUGGUGAUUUCCACCUACGACUUGGUGUCAAAUGUUUACUGUAACACCAAGAACAACCAUCCGUAUUUGAAGUCUGUGUGUGAGGUGGCUGAGAAUGGUGUUAAAUCCAUAACCUCAGCUGCUUUUCACAGUGCUUUACCCAUCAUUGGCAAGCUCGAGCCUCAAAUCUCAAUGGCCAAUGACCUGGCAUGCAAAGGACUGGAUAAGAUAGAGAAGACUCUGCAGAUCCUACACAAGCCGUCUGAUCAGAUUGUCGCCAGUGCCAAAGAGGCAGUGACAGGGGCCAAGGAUGCUGUCAGCGGGACCAUGAAUGGUGCCAAGGAGUCAGUCUCCUUCACCUUCAGUGAAGUGACGGACAGGACACGUGGAGCAGUGCAGGACGGCAUGGAAAAGACCAAGACGGUGGUCAGUGGUGGAGUCCAAACGGUGAUGGAGAGCAGGGUGGUCAAACUGAUGAGCAGCGGCGUGGACACUGCAUUGAGCACAUCUGAGACGCUCCUGGAGCAGUACUUACCUGAAACGGAGGACGAAAGAGAAAGUGAAGUGAACUCCGGAGGAUUGGAGAAUAACAGUGAUGCGCUCAGUUACUAUGUACGUCUGGGGUCUUUGUCCAGCAAAGUCCGGGACAGGGCUUACCAGAGGGCUGUAGAUAAAGUUCGUAAUGCCAUUCAGCGCAGCCAGGAGUCCAUAUCUCAGCUGAACCACACCAUGGAUCUAAUUGAAUAUACCCGCAAGAAUUUGGAUGUGUCUAACCAGAAGCUACAUGAGAAACUGAGUUACCUGAUGGGGUGGAAAACUGUCUCUCAGAGUCAAGAAGAGAACGGGAUGGUCACAGACAAUGAAGCUGAGCAAAUUGAGUCGCGUACAUUGACCAUUGCCCACAACCUCAGCCAGCAACUUCAGAGCACAUGCUUGGUCUUGGUGUCCAGCCUCAAAGGUCUCCCUCAGCACAUCCAGGUCCAGGCCGUCUCCGUCAGUCACUCCGCCAUGGAGAUCUACAGCAGCUUCAAUAAGGCUGCGGCUCUAGGUGAUCUGUCCGACAGCGUCCUCUCCAGCAGUCAAUCCCAGUUGAACAGAAUAAGAGAUUCCAUGGAUCACGUCAUGGACUACCUGGUCAACAACACACCUCUCAAUUGGUUGGUAGGUCCAUUUUACCCACGUGCGGAACGCGAGACUGAAAACGGCCCCGAAUGUGACAAACCAAGAACCCUUCGAGUCACUGAAUGUAGAACGAUGGAAUUUCAGAAUAUUAACCAUUUAUACAUAUAAUCACACAUUCCUGCCAGUAAAAUCCUUCUCUACUUUGAAAGCAGUGAUAUCUUCUCAAAUAACAAUUGUAACAAAUAAUAUACAGCAUUUUACUAAAUAAUAUUUCUUAAGUAUAUUAACUUCACAGUUUUAAGGUCUUC